ACUUCCUGAAUGGAUAUCUUUCUUAAUGCACAUGCAGAAGUAUUGCUGCAUAUUGUUAAGGACAGUCCUUGGAUUUGGACUGUCUUGCUAUGGCAGAUUAAUGGAAAUUGGUGUGACCAAGAAGAUCUCACUGGAAAACAGUGGAAUGUGGGGAUGUUGAGAUACUAACAGAAAGUGCUUAGUUGAUUCUCUCCUUAUUAGAAAUUCUUCCUCUAGUGAUAUGGACUUGGGUUUGUUGGACUCAUUACAUUAAGAGAAAAAGAACCAUCCAAGAUCAGGAGUAAACCAGCAUUUUGUCAUUCUGCUUUUUCUGAGCAAGCCUAGUUUUCCAGUAUUCAACAACUCCAGCUAGAUGAGAUCCCCAUGGCUCCCUUCUGUUCUACAAGCUGUUAGAAUCUGAUGGGCUAAGAAGACUUGUGCAUCAGAACCCAAGCAGCUAAUGGCAUCUGACUUCCUGGCUUUAAGUAGCACCUUUGAAGCAACAGUGUUAAAGCCUACAUUAAGACGUAAGACCAAAUCCCUUGCAGAGCUGAACAAUUCAAGAGCUGCAAAACUGUUGGAAAAGUUUUCUUGUCCUUGUAAUUGCUUAGAAAUGAUUGUCGUAUAAGGAGUUGGCUAUGGCAAACAGGAAGCGUCAGAGCACUACAGCCAGCAUGCUGGAUCACAGAGCAAGAGCUUGCCCAACUUCAUCUCACAACAGGGAGCCUGAAAAUGAGGAAAGUGAUCUUCCUGUUGAAGAUUACCCAGCAAAGGAGGCAGAACUAGCAACCAUCAGACAAGGCAGUCCUACACCCUUGGAACAUGAGUGCAAUGAUCAUAGUGGAGAUGGUGACUCCAGCUCUGAUUAUGUGAAUAACACCUCUGAGGAGGAGGACUAUGAUGAAGGCUUGCCAGAAGAAGAGGAAGGGAUCACAUACUACAUUAGAUACUGUCCAGAGGAUGACAGUUACCUGGAAGGAAUGGACUGCAAUGGAGAAGAAUAUGCUGCCAAUGAGGAACACCACAUUGAAACAGAUGAAUGUCAGGAAGCUGUAGAAGAGUGGUCUGAAGGUAAAAUUCAGCACCAGGAUGAAAAUGAGGUGACAGACAGGCAAGAGUGGCAGGAAGGUCAAGAUAACGGUAUUCAGGUUUUAGAGGAUGAAGCAUCAUCUUUGGAGAUACAAGACCAAGAUGAGAAUAUACAAUAUUGUCAAAGUGAAGGCGGCUACCCGGACUAUUACCCAGCAGAGGCUAAUGGAAACUCACAGGGGAUAUCGCCAUAUCAUUCUAGAAAAGAGGAUGCAGAGCUAGAAGAGCAGGAAGAGGACAUUGACCAGAUUGUAGCAGAAAUCAAAAUGAGUAUGAGCAUGAGCAGCAUAAAUAGUACAACAGAGAUGAGUCCAGAGCACACUGGGACUGAAAACAUGGCACAUGACUAUAAAGAGACUUGUUCAAAGGGAGAAGCUGUUCACAGUGCUAACAGGCAUGAAGGGAGGCCAAAAUCACUGAAUAUCCCAUCUGCCUCUAAGCAUGGUGGAGAUGUGCCUAGAGGUUUUAAAGCAAAAUCAAGAACUCCGGAGGACAGACAGAAGUGGCCACAAGAGCAGAUGUGCAAUGGUUUAGAGCAGCCAAGGAAGCAGCAGCGUUCUGACCUCAAUGGCCCAGUUGACAAUAAUAACACACCUGAGUCAAAGAAGGUAUCUUCAUUUCCAAGUUUUGUUGACGUUCCAGGACCUUGUGAACCUGAAGAUCUCAUUGAUGGAAUCAUCUUUGCAGCCAAUUACCUGGGCUCUACACAGCUGCUCUCUGAGCGCAACCCUUCCAAAAACAUAAGGAUGAUGCAGGCUCAAGAGGCAGUGAGCCGUGUUAAGAGGAUGCAAAAGGCGGCUAAAAUCAAGAAAAAAGCGACCUCGGAAGGAGAUUCCCAGGCCUUGACUGAGGUGGACCUGUUCAUCUCCACACAGAGAAUCAAAGUUCUAAAUGCAGACACACAGGAAACAAUGAUGGAUCACGCGCUGCGCACAAUCUCAUACAUUGCUGACAUUGGUAACAUUGUGGUUUUAAUGGCACGCCGCCGCAUGCCAAGAUCAGCUUCUCAAGACUGUAUUGAAACAACACCUGGUGCCCAGGAAGGAAAGAAGCAGUAUAAAAUGAUAUGCCAUGUCUUUGAAUCAGAGGAUGCACAGCUGAUAGCUCAGUCUAUUGGUCAGGCUUUCAGUGUGGCUUACCAGGAGUUUUUAAGAGCCAAUGGAAUUAACCCUGAGGAUCUCAGUCAGAAAGAGUACAGUGAUAUCAUCAAUACCCAGGAGAUGUACAACGAUGAUCUCAUACACUUUUCCAAUUCAGAAAACUGCAAAGAGCUCCAGCUAGAAAAACAGAAGGGAGAAAUUCUUGGUGUAGUGAUUGUGGAGUCUGGAUGGGGAUCUAUUCUACCCACUGUUAUCCUGGCAAACAUGAUGAAUGGAGGCCCUGCAGCCCGUUCAGGAAAACUAAGCAUUGGAGACCAGAUUAUGUCUAUUAAUGGGACGAGUUUAGUUGGCCUACCUCUUGCAACAUGCCAAGGGAUCAUAAAGGGUCUCAAGAAUCAGACACAAGUCAAACUGAACAUUGUCAGCUGCCCUCCUGUCACUACUGUACUUAUAAAACGGCCAGACUUGAAAUACCAGUUGGGUUUCAGCGUACAGAAUGGAAUUAUUUGCAGCUUGAUGAGAGGUGGAAUAGCUGAGAGGGGAGGGGUUAGAGUGGGUCAUCGUAUUAUUGAGAUCAAUGGACAAAGUGUUGUUGCAACUGCUCACGAGAAGAUAGUACAAGCAUUGUCUAAUUCAGUGGGAGAGAUUCAUAUGAAGACUAUGCCAGCUGCCAUGUUCAGGCUUCUAACUGGGCAAGAGACACCCCUAUACAUCUAGCAUGCGACUCUCUUGCAGGAAAAUAAUUAAAUGAUUCCAUCAAAGCUGAAUGAAUUAAUGAUUCCAUCAAAGCCCUCAUAGCUGAAGAGAAUUUUGUAUUUUGUACGAAUGAAAGGCUUUGAAGCUGCCAUGAGGACUCCGAACCAAGGAACAGACGGGUGUCUGUUUUUUCUCUCCUUUUUAUUUCUUUGCCAAAAAGUGAUGAGAAGGAUGGUCAAGGACAAUAAUCACUGACACAGAAUCUUUGUAAAUCAUUUAAGUAUUUUGCAACAUCUUCUAAACCCUUUUCUCAUAAAACUUAAAACAUAUUUAUUUGUAACCUUUAUGUGAAGUGAUGUAUGUAUGUCUGUCCUGUUUGAUAACACGGUGAAUGUGAAAACUUGAUGAAUGAGACUACAGGGAAUGGCAAAGAUAAGCAAUUAGAGAAAACUAUGGCUGCCUAAGCUAAAAAAAAAAAGAAUCCCAGUCUGUAAAGUGGUCCGAGAGCAUUGUGUAAUUUUAAAACUGGUGCUGAAUAGAUGGUAUUUCAGUGGAAAGGAAUGUGUGCAGUUAAACCUUUUAGAUUCUAAUGUAAAGAAAAACCACUGUAGUACUCGGUAUUGUUAUGACAAGUGUAACCUGUUUGGCAAGGUGUGAACAUAAACAUGUAACAAGUGUUUCAUAUGCUAAAUAAAGAAUAAUUGCCACAAGAUAAAAAUCAAAAUAUUUAUUUAGAUACAUAUUUAUUUUUAAUGCUUGUGAUUUUUAUGAUUUAACUGAGUGAUUCCAUGGAUGACUUAUUGCACAGUUCGUGUAAUGUAUGUGUUGGGCUGGUUUUUUCUUCUAAUUUUUGCAUAUUCUUUGUUAAUAUGAGCUCAAAAUGGGAAAGCCAUGCUUACCUGUUCUCUGUUUUUUUAUACAGCAUUCUUAUUCCUGAGGGCAAUGUGUUCUGAAUGUAAAUUGUUCCAACAAAUAACCUAGCACCAUCAGCAGUACUGGAAUGUGUGUAGAUUAAAAAAAAAAAAGUAGUAGUAAAGUUGUAUUCUUUAUGCGAUAAAUGUUAA